AUGCCAGCAGCAACAGAACACACGGCAUUUACGGGGUAAUUUAACCAACCAAACAACCAACCUACAGUACCGCAGGACUCUGUAGCCGGGCGCAAGAUCAAUAUGUCCUCACCAUAGACACAGGUCUCAAUCAGCUCCUGGCUUCAGUAAUUAUAUUGGCGACUACGAACUAGAACUCGAGAUUCAUCUGGCAGGUGAGACCAGCCUGUUGCGCUUGUGUAUCUCCGAUUCGAGCUUGCGUUUGGCCAGACAUUUGAAAUUGCAGACGGUUAAGGCAGGGGAUGGUAUGAACUGCGUAGGAUUUCUCAUCCAUCUGAGCUUUGAGAAGUAUCCUUCUCCGUCGGCUAUUCCCCUACAAGCUAGGGGUCUAUCCAGACUACCAUGGCCUCGAAUAACCAGAGUCACCACGUAAUCAGCCCGAGGCGUUCUGGUGGAUUAAGGGCUGUUUAACGUGCUCUUCCCUCGUUUUGCAUAUCAAUAACCACACUGAGCAACCUGAUGACCUCGACUCACAUGCAACUGCAGUUGCUCCGAACAAAAGUUUAGCCCAGCACUGAUGAUACACCGGAGUGGUAUGUUAUGGCCUUUUUGUUUAUAUAAUUUAAAUAAGCAUCACAUGGUUGUUAGAAGGUCCUUCUGUAGCGGCUUCUAUUAACGUUCGAUGCAGAUACGUCAGUUUUCUGAUCACCUGCGAGCAUAGGUAGUAUGUGAAGGAAGGCUGCGCACAUCUCGUUUUUAUAAAAAAAAAAUAUGUUGGAACUAAACUGUUCUUUUGUCUUUUCAAAUAAUUUUGACCUAUUAAGUGCGUUUUAGACAGUCGUUUAAUUGACCAUCAAUUCGAUAUCUCAAAAGCUGUUAAAUAGCGAGUCUAAAAGUUUUCUUGGUAGGGAGUGCAUAUAUGUCCCACUCCCCUCACUCCGGAAAGGAACCGCCCGUUAUACAAAUGCCUUUUCGUUAAAUUCCAGGGAAAUUAGGAUGGUUAGAAUGGGGUUAAGGUUGGGAGUAAGGUUAAUUGUAGGGUUAGGCUUGAUAUUAGGGUUGGGGUUUACGUUAAGGCUGGGGAACGAGAAUAUUUCUGUUUCCUGGGAUUUAGCGCGAGGCCACCUGUAUUACGGGGUCGGGGCGUUCUUACUCCCGUUUUCUGUCUGGCGGACCAUAUAAGCAAUUCCGUCCUCUUUCUUUUACGUAGCAGAAUUUCGAGUAGAUUUCUUCCGUUUUCAUAUUAAUAAUUCGAUCUAUAGGAGUGCAUUCUUCAAAACGUAAUCGCAAGUUCAUUUCGCUUCUAACCAGGAGUUGAAACUGACUGUUCUGAAGGACUUUUGCCCGAAAGCCCUAUUCUGAGAACAAAGUUCUGAAUCACCUUGUUUUUCAUUGACGCUGCCGCUAUUUAUAAUGACCGGGAGGUCUCAUUUGCCAGAUCAUAUCUGAGAGCUUCCACCAAGACUUAGAUUCCAAAUAUGACUUUUGAAUCCCUAAUAAAGGUCGAAUGAGGGUGGGGGGUGCAAAUGUCACUUAUUUAUGGUAGUAAUGAGGUAGUCAUAGGCGUACUCGGUUAUUAUAAUGAUCUGUUGUUGACCCUGCUCUCUAACAUAGGCCUAAAAUCUAACCUUUCGAAGCAUUUAGGAUUUUUGCAGAAUUCGGCCUAAAUGGGGCCCGGAAACUAGAACUAUAGAUCCAAAACCAAACUGUUCCCGAAAUUUAACUUACCAUGAAUAAUUCACAUUAUGGCUUGUAGUAUCAAGGUUUAAUUGACUACCACAACAACAACAACCACUACUACUACUACUACUACUACUACUACUACUACUACUACUACUACUACUACUACUACUACUACUACUACUACUAUUAUUAUUACCGCGGCUGCUGCUGCUGCUAGUGCUGCUGCUGCUAGUGCUGCUGCUGCUGCUGCCGCUGCUGCUGCUGCUGCUGUUGCUGCUGCUGCUGCUGCUGCUGCUGCUGCUGCUGCUGCUGCUGCUGCUGCUGCUGCUGCUGCUGCUGCUGCUGCUGCUGCUGCUGCUGCUGCUGCUGCUGCUGCUGCUGCUGCUGCUGCUGCUGCUGCUGCUGCUGCUGCUGCUGCUGCUGCUGCUGCUAAUUCUGUUGGCGCCGCCACUACUGUCGCUGAGAGCCACUUGCCUGACUGUCGACAGCGGCCAAGUCUCGCAGACAAGUUUAAUGGCCUUUUGACGCUGCGAAUGAGUAGCUACUGCUUUCUAGACGUCAGCAUCAGCAGCUAA